AUGUCCGAAGCUACAACGAAGCCUUUAUUAGGAAAUGUCCUCGUCAUUGGUGGCUGUGGUUUCCUUGGUCAUCACGUCGUGAACAUUCUCCUACGCGACUGGAAGUGCACCGUUUCCGUUGUCGAUCUUAAGUGCCAACGCAACCGAAGACCCGAAUCCGAUGGCGUCCAGUACGCCGAGGCCGACAUCACCGACGCCGAUGGCUUAGUCAAGAUCUUCGGAAAGCUGAAACCCGACGUUGUUAUACACACUGCCUCGCCACCUGCGCAGGGUCUCGGUGCUGUUGCGAACGAGGUAUUCAAGAAGGUCAAUGUAGAUGGGACUCGCGCUGUGAUUGCCGCCUGCCAGCAGAACGGUGUCAAAGCGUUAGUAUAUACGAGUUCUGCCAGUGUUAUGAGCAAUAAUAAGGAUGAUCUCGUAAAUGCGAAUGAGGACUACCCUGUCAUCCGGGGUAAAAUGCAAACAGAAUACUACUCCGAGACAAAGGCACAUGCUGAGGAACUUGUCUUACAAGCGAAUCGUGUUGAAGGAUCCGACCUCCUGACUGCAGCUAUCCGACCAUCCGGUAUCUUUGGCGAGGGCGACGUACAAUUAGUCUUCCACACAGUCAAGAUCUACCGCGAGGGAAAGGACAAGGUACAAGUCGGUCUCAACCAAAAUUUAUUCGACUUCACAUACGUUGAGAACGUAGCCCAUGCCCACCUCCUCGCCGCCCGCGCCCUACUAGUCACUCACGCCUCCUCCACCGCGCCCCUCAACCACGAGAAAGUCGACGGCGAGGCUUUCAUAAUCACCAACGAUAGCCCCGUUUACUUCUGGGAUUUGAUGCGCGCUAUAUGGCGGGCCGCCGGAUCAGAGAAGGGCACCGACCAUGUGUGGGUGAUGAGUCGGGAGAUGGGUAUCCUGCUCGGAUACUUGAGCGAGGUGUUCUUUGGGAUCCUGAAAAAAGCCCCCACUUUCAAUCGCCAGCGGAUCGUCUACAGCACCAUGACGAGAUACUAUGAUAUUUCGAAAGCGAAGCGCCGGCUUGGAUACAAGCCUCUGGUAAGCCUGAGCGAAGGCGUCAAAAGGACAGUCAAGUGGACUCUAGAACAGGAGAAGAAUGCUGCACCAGCAAAAUCGUGA